AUGUCCGAACGCAAAGUUCUUCAGAAAUAUUAUCCCUCGGACUUCGACCCCAGAGACAUCGCUCGUCGGCGUGGGCCCAAGACGAGCGGCCCCCGAAUCCAAACGGUUCGUUUGAUGGCGCCAUUCUCGAUGCGAUGCAUGACUUGCGGAGAGUUCAUCUACAAAGGGCGCAAGUUCAACUCGAGAAAAGAGACGAACCUGGAAAACAGAUAUCUCGGGAUCCAGAUAUUUUCUUUUCACAUCAAAUGCACCAGAUGCAGCGCAGAAAUCACUUUCUGCACGGACCCGAAAAAUAACGACUAUGCCAUGGUGAAGGGUGCUGUGCGCAAUAUGGAACCGUGGAGGAACAAGGAAACGGAGGGCGAGUCGAUGGAGCAGAGGCUUGAUCGGCUCGAGAGAGAGGAAGCGGAGGCGGCCGGGGAGGAAGAAAAGAACGCGAUGGCGGAUCUGGAGGCCAAGAACGCCGACGCUCGGCGCGAAAUGGCGGCAGCGGAUGCACUGGACGAGAUACGACACAGAAAUGCUAGGAUAAAUCGGUCAGCGAAGGAGGGGGUGGACUUUGCCGACGCCAUCGUGCGGUCGGAGGAUGAGGAACGCGCGUGCCAAGAACGAGAAGACGACGAAGCGGCCAGAAAGGCGUUUGCGGCGAGCCGAUCAGCAUACGACGCAGAAUUUGACGAGAUGACGAUUGCCAGUGCCGGUCUGGCGUUGGGAGCGUCGGACGUGGACAAUUCUGACGAGGCAAAGCCUUUGUCUGCUGCUGCUGCAGCGGCCAUUGCCAUGCCACCGCCCACGUUUAAGAGGACGGUGAAGAAGAAGAAAAAUCACUCAGCAUUACUCGGUAUCAAGAAGAAGGUGCCGCAGGUUUGA